AAAGCUGCGUUACAAUUGCAGAACCAUAAAGAAAGAAGUAAAUCUAACGGUCGUAAGAAUAGCGUCAGACCUAAGCGAAAAACCCUUGCCUUAUUUCCUCUUUUAUAAAAACCUUCAUCUCGCCUCUUCUCUCCUAAAACAUCAUUCUCCACGCACACACAAAACACACAAACCCAUCGCCUGAGAUUCUCUCGAUCCCGACAACAUGGCUCUACCUAACCAGCAAACCGUCGAUUACCCUAGCUUCAAGCUCGUCAUUGUUGGUGACGGAGGCACAGGAAAAACAACUUUCGUCAAGAGACAUCUUACUGGAGAGUUCGAGAAGAAGUAUGAACCUACUAUUGGUGUGGAGGUUCAUCCUCUAGAUUUCUUCACAAACUGUGGCAAGAUCCGUUUCUACUGCUGGGACACUGCUGGUCAAGAAAAGUUCGGUGGCCUUAGAGAUGGUUACUACAUCCAUGGUCAAUGUGCGGUUAUCAUGUUCGACGUGACAGCGCGGCUCACAUACAAGAACGUCCCCACGUGGCACCGUGACCUCUGCCGUGUGUGUGAGAACAUCCCCAUCGUUCUCUGCGGGAACAAGGUCGAUGUGAAGAACAGGCAAGUGAAGGCUAAGCAGGUGACGUUCCACAGGAAGAAGAAUCUUCAGUACUACGAGAUCUCCGCGAAGAGUAACUACAACUUUGAGAAGCCUUUCUUGUACCUCGCUAGGAAGCUCGCUGGUGACCAGAACCUUCACUUUGUUGAGUCGCCGGCUCUUGCUCCCCCUGAGGUUCACAUUGACGUUGCUGAGCAGCAGAGGAACGAGGCUGAUCUCAUUGCCGCAGCCGCUCAGCCUCUUCCAGAUGAUGAUGAUGAUGCUUUUGAGUAAAAGAAGAGCUUCUUCCACUAUGUCUGCCAUGGGAAGCUGUUUGCGUUGUCUGAUUCUCUAUUUGUGUUUUUUUUUUUGGUUUUUUUAACAUGUUGGGGGAAAUAUUGUUUAAGAUUGUUUCGUUUUGGAAUAGAGCAGCGACUUGUCUUUGAACCCAAAAUGAGAUAUGAGAAUCAAGUAA